UGCUCCCUUCACUAUAAGCACUGGGCGUGCCCUCGUCCGCACCCCCCAUAACAAGCGCCAGCAAGGGGACUGCACUCGACCUCCUUAUCCAUCUACCACCAUGUCCGCCUCCGCUGCAAGCUCCACCGUCUUCCUUCCUCUCCCUCCCGCACGCGAUAUCCCCGUCACCUUCUCUGCCAGUUUUCGCAGUUGGUGGGCCUCGGGAACCAAGGAGGGUGCUGCCGCCGAAGAGCGUCUCCUUCGACGGCUGCCCUUCUUCUACCCCGAGAAGAUGACCCCUUCUCGCGGCGACAGCCCCGUCAUCGCGCACAGGGAGCAGAUCAACCUCGGCACCCCGAGGCACUACCUCAACACCCUCUCGAUCAAGUCCACCUCCCCUGCUCCUAACGCACCCCCACCAGCCGUCAUGCUCCACGGCUACGGUGCCGGCCUCGGCUUCUUCUUCCGCAACUUCCCCGCCCUCGCCAAAUGGGCAGGCCACCGCGGCACAGACGUGUACGCCGUCGAUUGGCUAGGCAUGGGACGCUCCGCCCGCGUGCCCUUUGCCAUCCGGGCGAAGCGUGACGACAUACCCGGACGCGUCAAGGAGGCCGAGUCCUUCUUCGUCGACUCCCUCGAGGAGUGGAGGGCCAAGAUGGGCCUGGAUCAGAUGACCCUCAUAGGACACUCGCUCGGCGCAUACUUCAGUCUUGCAUACGCCCUCAGAUAUCCGACGCGUGUCAAUAAGCUCAUACUUCUCUCGCCUGCUGGCGUCGCUCGCGAUCCCAACCUGACAAUGCCCUCUCGGGAGCUGACGGAUACCGGCGACUCGAGUAGCUCGAAAAGCGACUCGCUGACACCAGCGUCCAAGGGUGAGGUCAAGAAAGUCCGCGAUGAACAGAGGCGGGAAAGACAGCAAGAGUCACGGAUGCGCAAGGUGUUCACUUACCUCUGGGAAGAAGGAUGGAGCCCAUUCCAGGUUGUCCGCUCGUCUCUUUUCUGGGGACCUCUGCUUAUUGGGAAGUACUCAGCCCGCCGAUUUGGUGGUCUGACGUUGGAUGAGACCAAGGAUAUGCACGAUUAUAUCCUGAACAUCACUCUCUCAAAGGGGUCUGGCGAGUAUUGCAUUUCACAUGUACUCGCUCCUGGUGCUCACGCCCGCAUGCCUAUGGUUGAUCGUGUCGCUGAGCUGAAGAUUCCCAUCACCUUUGCCUACGGGGACCAAGAUUGGAUGGAUCCCAAGGGAGGUUCGCAAUCGGUGAAGCAUCUCAGGCACGCAGGCAACGAGCAAGGACGCAUGUACAUCGUACCUAAUGCAGGUCACCACCUCUACUUGGACAACCCGAAGGCAGUCAAUGAACUGCUCAUCAAGGAGCUCGAUCGUCAACCAAAGCAAAGCCGUUCCAGCACGGCCUCGAGCUCGUCUCAAUAAGCCUCCUGCAUGAGAACCACAAAUUUGUUCGCUUAAAGUUUCUUUUAUUUACGGGACUCUGGCUUGGAAUACGGAUAACAUUAGAGGACUGUAGACAGCACGUUCCUCCAGGGGGCCGUGCAUAUAAUACAUUCCCUGUAUAAUCAGAUAACUCGCGCCAAGGAACUCUCGUCUUGUAAGCAUGCAUAAUAUAACAGCUCUUCGAUCGGCGCUAUGCAGCAGGGCGACCUAGACGCUCGGGAUAUUUGGCUCUGAUCCGUUCCGUCAAGUCUUCUUCAUAGAUUUGAUCUGGUCCUAGCUGAUUACCCAACGUCAACCAG